CAAGCCCCAGCACCCUGCGCUGGAGCCCACUCUGGGAGCCCCGCGGGACACGCCUCAGUCCGCCUGCGCCCCUCAGCCUCGACAGCCACCUCCCAGGCCUCCUCGGCUCACUGCCCGCCUUGACUUUUCUUACUCACCUCACUUUUUUCACUGCGCCCCAUCCGAGCCGGGCCUGGGCACCAGCAGCCCCCAGAGUGGUGCCACAAGCGCAGCCUCUGCUCCUCCUCGAGCCUCGUCAGGAACUGCUCGCUGCCGCCAUCAUGUCUGCUGUAAAUCCUGAGACCCCAAACUCAACUAUCUCCAGAGAGGCCAGCACUCAGUCCUCCUCUGCUACAACCAGCCAAGGCUAUGUUUUACCAGAAGGCAAAAUCAUGCCAAAUACCGUUUUUGUUGGUGGAAUUGAUGUAAGGAUGGAUGAAACUGAAAUUAGAAGCUUCUUUGCAAGAUAUGGUUCAGUGAAAGAAGUGAAGAUAAUCACGGAUCGAACUGGUGUGUCCAAAGGCUAUGGAUUUGUUUCAUUUUAUAAUGACGUGGAUGUGCAGAAGAUAGUAGAAUCACAGAUAAAUUUCCAUGGUAAAAAGCUGAAACUGGGCCCUGCAAUCAGGAAGCAAAAUUUAUGUGCUUAUCAUGUGCAGCCGCGUCCUCUGGUGUUUAAUCCUCCUCCUCCACCACAGUUUCAGAGUGUCUGGAAUAAUCCAAACACUGAAACUUACCUGCAGCCUCCAACUGUGGUGAAUCCUAUAACUCAAUAUGUCCAGGCAUAUCCUCCUUAUCCAAGCUCACCAGUUCAAGUUAUCACUGGCUAUCAACUGCCUAUUUAUAAUUAUCAGAUGCCACCACAGUGGCCUGCUGGGGAACAAAGGAGUUAUGUUAUACCUCCGGCUUAUACAGCUGUUAACUACCACUGUAAUGAAGUUGAUGCAGGAGCUGAAGUUUUGCCAAAUGAAUGCUCAGUUCAUGAAGCUACUCCAUCCUCUGGAAAUGGCCCACAAAAGAAAUCUGUGGACCGAAGCAUUCAGACAGUGGUAUCUUGUCUGUUUAAUCCAGAGAACAGACUGAGGAACUCCCUUGUUAAUCAAGAUGACUACUUCAAGGAUAAAAGAGUGCAUCACUUUAGAAGAAGUCGUGCAGUGCUUAAAUCUGUUUGAUCCUCUCUGCUAACUUGUUAGUCUCAUGGUUGUUGCUGGUUUUGAAUAUUAAGAGGCUGAAAGUUUUUGACUAUUAUAGAAAUUUAAUUCUAAAUUUUGAUAAAUCAGACUUUCUUUACAAGUUCUAUUAGAUUGUGUAGUUAUACUUUGCAUUAAAACUGUUCUUCAUUAGAGGUUUAUUUAGGAUAUUGGUUCUGUGUUGAAUAUAGAGUUGACAGUAAAAAAUAAUUGAGAUUGAAAGAAGUAACUUUAACAUUUUCCUGUAAGAAUGUUUUAAUUGAAAUUGACACUUUCAAGAGUUUAAUAGCCAAAUGUUAAUUUCCAAAAAAUAGUUUUAGAAAACAUACUAUUUUGAAAGGUCAGAAUUUUGCUAGUUUGAAUAUACAAGAAUUUCACUUCUCCAACAUGUACCUGUGAACAGUACACUAUUUACAGUACGCUUAACACUUAUGACUUGUCUAGAAAUUUACCACAAAAACAGAGUUUUUAAAACUGCAUUUUUAAUCAGUGGAACUCAAUAUAUGCUUUAUUGAAGUCGUCCUUGUAUAAACCCAGUAAAACAGAUUCCAAACAAGCAGUCCAAUCAGUGGGUCUUAACGUUUAUUCAAAAUAUUUUAUAUUUUAUCUAGAAUCCACACAUAGCUAUUCUAUUUUAUUUGGAUGGUAAUUAGGAUAACUAAAUUUCUGGGCCUAAUUAUUUUUAAGAAUCCAAGACAAACUAAACCUUACUAGGUACAUAAACUUCUCAGUGAGCUAUUCUCCUUUUUUUUUUUUUUCCUAUUUUUUUUCCUUAAAAUGCUAAACUUGAUGGCUGUAUCUUAAAUUGUGCAAAAUAUUGAUAUAAAACAAUGCUGAAACUUU